GGCACUGGGACAAGGGAAGACCGACGGCAGCGGCUGGGCAGGCCCAUGAGUUCCUUGGGCUCCCAGCUCUGCAGGGCAGCAUUCCUGGGCGCCCUCCUGCUGCUGCUGCGAGUCAAGGGGGUGAAGACCCAGAGAGGGAGCCCAGGCUUAGAUGAGAGGAGUCAGAAAGAGAAGACACCCUCUACAGACCAAGAUCGAGAACAGUUCGAAGAGCGCUUCAUGGCCUCCUCGGUGGGUGAGAUGUGGCACGUGGUAGACAUGGCCCAACAGGAGGAUGACAAGACCUCGGAGGUGGCGGCGAUCCGUGACCACCUGUUUGACCUCGCCUUCUGCUUUAACCUGGCCAGCAUCAUGGUUUUUUUAUGAGGGACAUUGAGGCGGAGGUGGUGGCCUGGUUCCUGGAUGAGGACCUGGACAUCUACCUCCGCUUUAUGAUAGCUUACUGACCCUCUCCCCCCGGGGCUCCAGGGUGCUUCUCCCAAGGGAGACGAACACGUGGCUUUCUGGCUCCUGCCAGCAGCCCUCUCCCUGGGGUCACACAGCAUCAGAGAGAUGCCUUGCUGGCCUGUGGGCCGUCCACAGCCACUGCCCACCUGCCUCCCCAUGCUCUGAGUGCCAUCUCCAAGA